CAUUUGUUUUCAAUAUUCAUUUCAGAAACAACACCAACUGAUAUUUCAACAAAUCUUAUUAAUUAAUUAAUUAAAUUUAUAUCUCUUAUUAAUUGUUUUUGUUUUCGUUAUUUUUGCAAUUGUUCUAAUUUGUUCAUAGAAGGUUUAAAAACAUAAUUGAGUGUCGCGGUAACUAGAUACAUAUUUGCGAAUAUUUUCUAGUUUAAAUGUAUAACAAAGGAAUUAAAUAAAAAAAUAAAACGUGCUACUAUUUAUAUAAAAAUAAGAAAUACAAUUAAAAAAAAAACAAUUAAUAAAAACUAUCUCUAUAAAGUGAACUUAAAACGUGUAAAAAAUAAAAAUGUAUCUUAAGAAAAAAUGUUUGACGGCGCUCUUGGUUAUUUGUUGCAUUUAUACAUUUUGUUGUUCGGAAGUAUCGGCUUGUUCGCUUGAUCGUAUGAAAGAAUAUGCAAAGCAGGCAUGUGAACAUCUAUUUGAUUUUGACGCGGAAGUUAGAGAAAGACGUUCACUCGACUUUAAGAAAAAUUAUGAUUAUCUACCAAGACAACCAUUAAAACAUUCUCUCAAUGUUAGACGCAGCAUCUAUCCACCUGGUGGUUAUUUGAAAGUGGCCCCAGAACAUUAUAAUAAAUUAAGUCUUUUGGAUGUGAGUCCUCGUUACAAGUCCAAGAAAAUCUCUCAUAUAAUGAAUGAGAAGAAGAUGCGCAACAAACGCGAAGGCAAAAACUAUCUGAAUUACAACAAUAAUAUUCCAUAUUGCUGUUUCCACAGAUGCGAUGAGGACUUCUUCUGUUGAUCGUGUAUUACCUGCGGUGGCUUCUGUGCGUAACCAUAUUUAUAAGAAAGACAUUUAGUUAAUUAUUUAGUAUAAUUAGUAUGUUUAUUUUAAUUAUAAUUUUAUUAAUUGAUCGAAUUAUGCAAAUGAUGCCUUCCAUUUAGAUUUAGACAUGUAUUUAAGCUUUUAGAAAGACUAAAAUAUGUACCUUAUUAGCAUAAAAUAACUCCGCUAUUCAUAAACAGUUAGUAAAGUUAUAAAUGUUUUAUAACAAGAUAUUUUUUCUGCAAAGAAAAGCUUAAUAAACAAUUGAUAACUUUAUGAAUAUAGGUUUAAUUCAUAAAAUAACAAAUACAAAUUUAAGUUACUUAUCAUUCAGUAUUAUUGUGCAAAUUGCAUUUGCCAUUCCCACCAAACCCCGUCCACCACUUAACAAUCCGUUCCAAUAACAAUUGGAUAAAUUCCAAUUCAUUAACUAUUUCAUAAGAAUUUUUACUGUUUACAUUAAUUAAGUUUAGUUUACAUUUUUUUUAUACUUUUACUAUAUUUUUGUAUUAUUUUUAACUGUUUUAUAUAUGCGUAAUAUCUUGUAAAGAAAAGAGCAUAGUAAAUCAUUAACAAAAUAUUAGUUAAUAAACAAAGAAGUGUUUUAGUCAUUGGAAAGUAAAUAAAAAUACAUUGGAAAGUAAUA